AUGCUGCGGGGAAAAACCCAGAGCUUGUACUAGUCCUGCAUCUUGGAGCAUAUCAGCCCCAUCCUCCCACAGGGAAGAGGGAGCGAUGAGGCUCCAUUCUUCCCAGCCAGUAGCUCUGGGAAGUACGUGGGCAGCCUGCCCAGGGGAUGGACACUGAGCAGGUUACCAGGGCUGCUGCUUCUGGCCCGGCUAUUGCUGGCUUUGGGAGCCCUGAGGCAGGAUGUUCUGUUCUUGCAGCAGCACCUGGCUCAGCCCCCGCCUGUGUUGAUCCUCAGAGCUGCUGGAGGAGGGGACCCACCACUGCCAACCUUUUCAUCUGCCUCCUGUAUGAGCAGCACCCAGGCUUGAGGUGCCUGCCACUAUAGAUGUGGCCAAGAGGGCAGUGGAGGAGCACUGGGGUGGACUGGGACCUUGGACAGGUGCCAAGGCUUGGCUUGAGCCUCCCAGGGGCUGCCAGCCUUAACCCUGAGCUCUGUACAUCCAUGUCGACACCCUCGGUGCUAUAGGUAAACUGGCGUCUGGGAAGGUAUGCUCACCCCCUGGUAUCCCUCCAAAUAUGAUACAAUGUACUGAAGGAGAUGCAUCAACAGCUGCAUCCAGGCCAGGCUGGGUGUGGGUUGGGACAUGCUCCCCUGUCUCCAUCACCGCACCCCCUCGGUCUGCACUCGGGACUCUGUGAGGACCAGCAAACUUCUCCAGGACACUGAAGCUAUGGGGUGCCCUGGAGGCACCAGGCUGAAGUCACCUGUGGCUGGCACCCCUGGUCUCCCUUUCAGGUCAGGAUCUGGACCAGAGGACCAGAUACUGGCUCCUCUGCCCCAGCGCCUGGCAUCCCCAGCUGGGUAGGGUGUGACAGAGGGGACACUUCAGGCUGAAAAGGACACGCCACCCUGGUUGCCUUUUGGAGCAGUCUGGCUUGGUUUUGUGCUGCUGUCAGUUCCCUACCAGGGCUGGGCCAGCCUGGGGAGGCAGCCUUUGCCACCUGCUCACACCCAGGCUGUAAUCCACAGGCAGGAGGUAAGCAGCUGGCGGAGCCUCCCUGACCUUCAGGUGGGAUUAGUCCCCAUGGGAACAGUGGGGAGCAGGCAGGUGAGGCCACAGCUCCCCUGGCAGUUCGUGGGGACUGAGCAAGGCUGGCAGAGUUGGGGCCUGAGCACACCCCCAUGCUGGGGGCAGCCAGAGUCAGAUCGUGAAUGGGUGGCACAGGGUGAGCCUGUGUCCCUGGGAGAAUCCUUGUCUUGUCGGGUAGUUGCAGGUGCACCUCCCGAGCUGUGGGUGCCACAGGGCAGAGUGGGCAGCCAUAGUCCCACAAGGAGGGGGUGAGCAGCGUGCCUAGGGUGGCCACGGUGCCAGUGGGGGCAGCAGGUGGGCAGGCCUCGAGAGCAGGUUCCUGUGGGGCAACUGGUGGCUGGCUGAGGUGCUUGUGGAAAUCUGAGGCUGGGGUGACCCUCUCAGCCAGCUGUUUGCAAGGCCCAGCUGUGAGUAAGAGUGUGUGGGUACCCCUUGCAUUGUGUCCCAUUUCCUGUGACCUCCACUGCAUCCCUGCCCUUCCCUAGCUAUUGGUGCCAGUACCUUGAGACCAGGCAACAUCGUGGCCCCCGGUGGGUUCCUCUCCUACUCACCCUCUGGACUCAUCCUCCCUGGGGGCAGCAGGAGCUGCAUCUGGUAUGCAGCAAGCCCAGCCUUGGGGGAAUCCGAGUGCCUGGGGCCUCUCCGGGCACGGAACAGCUGGCAGCCCACGGUGUGCGUGUCUGCCUGCGUGGAAGCUAAUCCCAGCAACAUCUGCCAGGCUCUGUGCGAUCCCAGGAGAUCCUGGCUGCAGGCAUGGGAUGGCUGGGUGCACAGGGGACACGUGCUUGUGGGGCAGCUGCCGUGUGCCAGGGCUGCUUGUGCAAGGCAGUGCCUGAGUGAGGAGGAUUCUGUGGCAGGUGUGUGCCUGUACACAUAUGGCUCAUAUGGCCAGCAAAGCUCCUGGAGGGACAAAUGGCACUGGGGAUCCCAGCAACCCUCCUGGCUCUGGGAUCUAGGAAUCCAGCAGGUGGAAGUAGGGGUUUUGGGAUUAACCAAUCCUGGUUCAGAGCAGCCCUGAAGCACAGGUGAGAGAGGAAAAGGAUGUUUGCAUCCUUGUCAAGGAGGAUGAUUUCCUGCAGAAAUGAGGCUGGGGGAGAAAGGAGAGGAAAAAGGGAGCAGCGGGGCUGUGAGGGUGCAAUGACACACCACCCCUGAUCUAAUUAGCCAGACCCUGCAAAUAAAAGCCACCUGUUUUGGCCCUGACAGCAGGAAGCCAUCCCCAGAACAAACAGAGCACCAGGCAACUGGGAGAAAGACAAACAGGGGCCGGCACCAGCUCCAUCUGCUCCUGUUCGGCCCAGCCCCCAGACCUCCAGCCCCCUGAAGUGGCAGUCCAGACCCCAGCAGCGCUGAGGAGAAGGAGAGAGCAGCUAAAGGUCCUUGCAGGGUGUGCCCAGGGCUCAGCCCGUGGUGUCAGCCAGGUGGACUGCACACAGCUGUGCUGCCUUGGCCAGCUAGCCCAGAUAUUCAUAACAUCGAUGGGUACAACUGUGUAUCGCCAGAGACAUGGCAUCAGCAUCAGGAUUCCUGGGCAGCAGCACCUGCCUCACCUCUCUUGUGGCUGCCUUUCAGCCUGCUCAGCUCCCCUAGCUGUGCACUGUCCUGGGACCAGUGCCUGCACGAGGCACGGGGUACAGCCCCAAGGUUGGUACGGUCUGUGCUUGGCAUGGAGCACUUGGGUGACCCUAUGCUCCCACCGUGCCCCCGGGCUGCGGCUGCCGUGCUGUGCCCGGUGGCACUGAGAAACAUGAUCUGUUUUUCUAGUGCAGGGAACAAGCUGAGCCGGGAGCUCCGAGGGGCCCUUAUUAAAUUAGCCUAUGCAGGAGGCCCUGGAUGAGCGCUAACCAGCUCCCACAGCCAGUAUUAGCAGCUGCCCUUGAGCAGAGUCACUGCCUGCCCCUGCACCAGCCUCCUGCUGCCCCAGUCCCCAGCUGGCCAGGUGUGGCUGGGGGCUUGGGCAACCUAGCCAGGGGAAUGGCUGGUGACAGAGACUACCUGGAGAUGGCCCAGGGAGGACAGGCAGCAUUCUGGGAUGCAGUAGGGGUGGGCUCCUCGUGAGUGACCCCACUGAUCCACUGUGCCCUGAUGUGGCUGUGGCUCCUGUGUGGCUGCCCUGGAUGUACGAAGCAGGAGGUGAGGCACAUCCCAGUAAGUAUGACAUGCUGAGGAACAAAGGAGGGACACAGACUGCAUCUGGGUUUCUCCCCUGCACCAUUUGCCUUCCAGUGCUUUUAUCCAGAAUGUUGCAUGGGGAUGACUGAAUGGCUUGCGUGCUCUUCAUGGCACACCAUACGGUGCCCCAUACACUCCACAUGCAUAUCCUACAACAGCUUGCAGCAUCCUACGUAUUCUGUGGUGCCUCACAUCAUGGGGAUCUGUAAUACACCCCACAGAGUCCCCAACUGCCCUCAUGCCUCAAGCACCCCAAACUAACCAGUGCCCCACACCUCUGUUCACACAGCCCAGACAAGGGGUGGCAGCACCGUGGGGAGACCCUGCAGUGCUCUAGCUCUGCACCUUGCCUCACUCAUCAUCACGCCAAGAUGAUGUCUUCCCUAAACGCUGCCCAGACCUGUCUCCCAGCAUUUUGAGGCAUGUCCCCAGGCCACCAGGCUGCAGGGAGCAUCCAUAUCCUUCCCUCCAGCUUCUGCUCCCCCAGACAGCUUCAAGAGGGUAUGCCCCUCCCUGCUAGGAGCACUUCAGGCAAUGCAAGCGGAGGGUCGCCUCCCCAGCGCCUGUCCCCGGCCAAGGGCCACUGAUGUCCCUGAGCUGGAGCCUGCUCCAACCGCUGCCAGGCUGCACCCUCUGCUGGGGCCCGCAGGCAUCGGCGCGGGCUCGCACCGAGCCUCAGAGCCCUAGAGCAGUGAGGAGGGCCCGAAGAGGACCCCCGAGUCCUGUCCCCAACCCGUCCUUCCUGUCACCCCUCAGUCCCCGAUUCUUGUUGAUGACAGGCGUACUAACACCACCCCCAGCUGCCCACACUGUAUUCUCUCAGUAAUGUCCGGGUCUCUUGUGGGAAAUAGUUUUUAAAAAAUAAUGCCCAGGACCCCCAGAGGGACUGAAAUUUUCCUGGGAAGGUUUGAGGUGCUAUAGUCCAACCCUUGCCCAGUGGCCUGCCCAGCUGAAGGUGGGGAGUGCCCAGCCUCACCACAGACUACACAGGGAUGCUGCAAGAAACAGCUGCCUAGACACCCAGGAUUUCACAGCUCAUCGGGGCACUCUUCCUCCUUUCCAGCCCGUGUUGGCCUCAUUCAUCCCAGGUCCUGGUAGGAGACCCUGGGGAUAGCUGAAUGGCACGGUGCAGUUGCAGGCAGGGCUGGUCCUCCUGUCCAGGUGAAGGACACAGCUCUGUCCCAAAGCUGGUCCCGUCCCGCUGUGCAUAGUGUGCCAUAUCCGAGUGGCAGGUGGAUGGGAGCACAGGGAGCUCUUCAUCAAGCCAGGGGAAAUGCUCAGGGCAUUACAAGCAUGUAACUGAGGUCUAUUAGCACCCAGUCUGUAGCCAACACAGGAACCCCUGCAGAGCCUGUCUGGAAAAGGAGCCCAUGGUGGCAGAGUCCCUCGUGGAGGGGCAGAAGCAACCGCAGAGAAGUCCUGUGUCCCAGCGUGAGGACAUCAGUGCCCCUCAGCUCCCAGAUGGUAAAUCCCCCCUUCACCCUGGCACCUCCUUCCCACAAGCCUCAACCCUGGCAAAGGCUGCGAGUGCCCUGGGAAAGGCUGGGUCCCUAAUCCCUGGGCCAAGCAGGGACAUUGUCUGGGGGCAAAAAGAAAAGCGGCGCGUCAGGCCCUUUGCCCAUUGUGCCCUGAGCCCCUGCGCAAACACAGCCCAGCACUUUCAUUGUCAGCCUCGCUGGGCGCGGGGGGGCCGCUCUCGCCACACUGCCUAAAUGGAAUGGACAGCCGGAGUCUGGGGUGGGUGAGCAGCCCGUCCCCCCCAUCCCCUGCCUGCUGACACAGCGCCCUGACCGCCUGCACCAUCGGCACUUCAGCGCCCGCCUAUAAAGGGCGAGGGCAAGAGCCGGCACCGGCACCGCCACCUUCGCCUCUGUGCCCUGCCCUCCGACCAAGUAAGUACCGGGCUGUGAGCCCCCAGGACCCCACUGCACAGGCGCUGCCCUGCUCCCUUCACCCCACACCAAGCCCCCCACCCAGUGCUCGCCCUGGGGAAGGGCCAGUGGCGGGUGCUGUGUGGCACAGCGGGGGUGCCCUGUGCGGGCAGGAGGGACCCUGGCAGGAGGGACCGUGGCAGGAGGGACCCUGGCAGGAGGGAUGGAGGAGCCGGGCUGCCCUACCCCAGGGCUACACUUGCACCCGCGUCUGAGCUGGGGUCACCGCCCCCUCCCAGCAGUGGGUACAGUGCCACUGCACCCAGACAGCUCCUGGAGCCAUCGCAGGGAGCUUGGGAGAAGAAAAACUGAGGCAGCCCCGGGUACAUCACAUGGAGAGAUGGGGCAUUGCAAAUUCCCCCUGCAACUUGGGGUUCACUGGACAGAGAUCCUCCAGCGCCAAAGGAGAGGGAAUGGGAAAUGCCCCCAUGCCAGCCUGGGAGGGCAAGGGGCCAGUGGCGUGAGAUUUGUGAGGGCAGCACCACCGGCAUCCCAGGCUCAGCGGCAGGCAGUGGGGUGGCUGGGGGCUGAUGGUGGGCGCCUGCCCUGGGGUGAUAAGUGGGGCUCUGCCAGCAGCCGCGCGACCCGUAUGACCAGCAGUGAAGCCAUGGACACCUUGGGGCAGUACAAGAUCACAGUGUGGGAGGAGGAGAACUUCCAGGGCAAGCGCUGCGAAUUCCUCAUGGAGUGCCCCAGCAUCAUGGAGCGUGGCUUCCGCAAGAUCCGCUCCAUCAAGGUGGAGUCUGGCCCCUGGGUAGGCUUCGAGUACCCUGAGUACCAGGGACAGCAGUUUAUCCUGGAGAAGGGUGACUAUCCCCGGUGGGAGGCCUGGAGCGGGAACAGUGGCUACCGGACCGAGCACCUCCUCUCCUUCCGGCCUAUCAAAUGCGCAAACCACAAUGACAGCAAAGUCAUCCUCUAUGAAGCUGAGAACUUCCAGGGUCACAAGUUUGAGCUGAGUGACGACUAUCCCUCGCUGCAGGCCAUGGGCUGGGGCAACAAGGAGGUGGCAUCCAUCAAAGUGAACGCCGGAGCGUGGGUGGCAUACCAGUACCCAGGAUACAGGGGCUACCAGUACGUGCUGGAGAGGGACAGACAGAACGGCGAGUUCAAGAAGUACAAUGAAUACAGCAGCCAGGCCCACACCAACCAGAUCCAAUCCAUCCGCCGCGUCCAGCACUGAACAGGGGCAGGGCUGGGUGCCCUGCAGCCUCCAGGCUGCUGUGCAAUAGACCUCUAUCCGGUAGCAAAUAAAGGCAUUUGUCAAAAAAGAGUGCUCCUCCUGCC